AUGGAGUUUUUCCUCCUUCACUACCCAUUUACCUGCCUGUUCAUCCUGUUUCUAGUCCUUUACCAGGUGAAACCUGCAUUCAGAUUCUUCUGCAAGAUGACCUUCUAUAAGCUGUGGUUCUUCACCAUAAGCAUUGGGGUUGUUAUCCUCAGCCUUCCUCGGGGACGGAAUGUGGAGAACAUGAGGAUUUUUCGCACUUUGGUCCUGCCACUCAAAUACAUCUUUGGCAUCCAGAUAGUGGUGAAGGGCAAGGAGAACUUCAGGACUAAGAAACCUUAUGUGCUGGUGCUGAACCACCAGACCUCCCUCGACAUUAUGGUGCUGCUGGACAUCCUGCCACGCCGCUGCGUGCCCGUUGCCAAGAAGGAGAUCCUGUACAUGGGCACCUUCGGCCUGGCGUGCUGGCUGGUGGGGACCAUCUUCAUCGACCGCAAGGACAAGGAGGGUUCCAUCAAAACCCUGACAGAGGUGGCCCAAUCCCUGCACAAGGACAACCUGCGCAUCUUGAUCUUCCCCGAGGGAACUCGCAACCACAGCGGCUCCAUGCUGCCCUUCAAACGGGGGGCCUUCCAGCUGGCUGUGAAAGCACAGGUCCCCAUCAUUCCUGUAGUGUUCUCUUCCUACAACAGCUUCUACAACCAGAAGGAGAAGAGAUUCACCCCAGGAAGCCUCAUCAUCCAGAUCCUGCCAGAAGUGGAGACCCUCGGCCUGGGCCCGGAUGAUGUCCCCAAGCUGACCGAGCAGGUCCGUGACUCCAUGCUCACCACCUACCAGGGGAUAUCAGGAAUGACAAACGGAGCUUCCCAUCAGUGAUCCCCUCUC